CCCGCUGGGCGUGCGAACCUGGUCAUUCAGACUCAGCGCGCCCGGCCGCGCGCCCUCGCGCCUCUCUGGACAAGUCAGGCUUGGUGUCGCCUCCGCAGAGGAAGAUGGCAAAGGUAGCAAAGGACCUCAACCCACGAGUGCAGAAGAUGUCCCUGGGCCAGCAGCAGUCAGCAAGAGCUGUGGCUUGCUUGAGAUGCAAGGGGACGUGUUCAGGCUUCGAGCCACAUUCAUGGAGGAAAAUAUGCAAAUCAUGCAAAUGCAGCCAGGAAGACCACUGCCUAACCUCUGACCUGGAAGAUGAUCGGAAAAUUGGCCGCCUGCUGAUGGACUCCAAGUACUCUACCCUCACUGCCAGGGUGAAAGGAGGGGAUGGCAUCCGCAUUUACAAGAGGAACCGAAUGAUCAUGACCAACCCUAUUGCCACUGGGAAAGACCCCACCUUUGACACCAUCACCUAUGAGUGGGCUCCCCCUGGAGUUACCCAGAAACUGGGCCUGCAGUACAUGGAGCUCAUUCCCAAGGAGAAACAGCCAGUGACAGGCACUGAGGGGGCCUACUACCGCCGACGCCAGCUCAUGCAUCAGCUCCCCAUCUAUGACCAGGACCCCUCGCGCUGCCGUGGACUUUUGGAGAAUGAGCUGAUGGUGAUGGAAGAGUUUGUCAAGCAGUAUAAGAGCGAGGCCCUGGGGGUGGGCGAAGUGGCCCUCCCAGGGCAGGGUGGCUUGCCCAAAGAGGAAGGGAAGAACCAGGACAAGCCAGAGGGUAUGGAGACCACUGCACCCACCACCAAUGGCAACCUCGGUGACCCAGCCAAGGAAGUGGAAUAUGUCUGCGAGCUCUGCAAGGGCGCAGCCUCCAGCGACAGCCCUGUGGUCUAUGCGGACAGGGCUGGCUACAGAAAGCAGUGGCACCCAGCUUGCUUUGUGUGUGCGCAGUGCUCCGAGCCACUGGUGGACCUCAUCUACUUCUGGAAGGACGGUGCGCCCUGGUGUGGCCGCCACUACUGCGAGAGCCUGCGGCCACGGUGCUCAGGUUGCGAUGAGAUUAUAUUCUCAGAGGACUACCAGCGUGUGGAAGAGCUCGCCUGGCACCGGAAGCACUUUGUCUGCGAAGGUUGUGAGCAGUUGCUGAGUGGCCGGGCGUACAUUGUCACCAAGGGUCAGCUCUUGUGCCCCACUUGCAGCAAGUCCAAGCGCUCCUGAAGGACUCCCUGCCUUCAGAAUCCAUGGGAUCCCACCCAGAAGCUGAGACCAUCCCAAGGGGCUGAUGUAAUCACCAGCAAGCAACAUCACCUGUAAUGUCUUUCAAGUGGGGAUAUAUAUAUAUAUUCUAGGUUGAGUGGUGGUAGAUCCUUGAGGGCAGUAGUUGUAAAACCAGAAAUGUUUUAAGAAGUCUUAGGAUGGAUUUCUUUUUGCUGUCGUUCUUUCCCAACUACAACCGACUAAAGACACAAACAGCAUCCUGCAAAGAAGCACCAGGGAGAAUUUCCAGAAUGCAAUCUGAGUGACCCAGUCACGUAGCUAUAGGAUGUUCAAGCUUUGUUGUAGACAUGGGAGCCUUUCCAGGAACAGGCUGGGACCCCAACUAUUACUUGUUGCCUCUUUUUCUCAAGUGGAAUUUGAAUUUUAAAUAAACAACUUUUUGGCAUGAUAAAAUUAUCAAUAAAAGUUUUCUGAAUUUCACA